GGUUAACGGUCACUCGCAAACAGUUCUAUCGAGAAACAUCGAUUUUUGGUCCAUCGCUAUUGCACGAACGCCUCGAUGUACAAAAAAUUUUUUAAACAAAUCGGGUGCAACGGAUAAUCGCGCAAACGGUGGCUUAAAGUGGGAAGUUUCGCUAUCUUAAAAUUUAAAAAAAAUUCGAAAUACAGAGUGCUUUGAUCGCGAGCUUGGAAAAGGCGUGGAAAGGCAGAAAAGUGCAGUCGAGACUGCAGUCUUUUCAAUUCCUUGAAAAAAAGCAUCUCUCAGUGGUUGACAAACCAGUUAAAUUCAAGAUACUUCUUAAGGAGUUAUCCAGAAGAACAAAUUAAUCCGCCAUGGGUCUCAACGGCUGCUGUUCGUGCGUUAAAUAUCUGAUGGUCCUUAUAAACAUUUUAUUCUGGCUCAUUGGUUUGACCAUAGUGAUCACCUCCGUUUGGAUGCUGACCGAUCCCACGUUUAUGCUGUCGAUGACACAAUCCUACAAUCACUACCAUAUAGCUCUCUACGUCUUCCUGGCCAUUGGCAUACUGAUCACUUUGGGCGCAUUCUUUGGCUGUUGCGGCGUUUGUCGAGAGUCGCAGUGUCUGCUGGUUUCGUUCUUCUGUGUCAUACUCAUCGUGAUGGUGGCACAAAUUGCAGCCGGAGCCUGGGCAUUCCACAACAAAGACAAGCUGGAUGACAUCGUGCGGGCGGCAGUCAAGUCCUCAGUUCAGGAGGAGUACGGACAGGCCAAAAUGAGUUCACGCACCGUCACCUUCGAUACACUGCAGAAGAAUCUGAAAUGUUGCGGUGCCGAUGGACCUGGAGAUUGGGCAACCAGCCGAUUUAAUAAUGUUGAUCGCACAAAUAUUGUGGAAAUCGCCGUGUCUUCCAUGAAUGUCUUCUAUAACAUACCAGAGUCUUGUUGCAAGGACGAUCUGAAGGAUAACGAAUGUGAGCUUUCGCGACGUCUGAAAUUUGGUGGCCCAUUAAACAAUGCAAUCUAUCAACAGGGCUGCGUAGACAAACUGAUUGAGAUACUUUACGAGAACUGGGUCACCAUUUUCGCCGUCACCGCAGCUGUUAUUCUGCUGGAGCUCCUGUCCCUGACCUUCGCCCUGAGCCUCUGCUGUGCCGUGAGGAAUCAACACUACAAGGCCUGAGAAUUACAGAACUCCCAUAGGGAAAUUACGGACGAUGAGAAGUACUAACAAACCAAAUCGAAACGGAUGCAUAGCGAGCGUUAUUACUGAAGACGUGCGAAUGGGGAAAAGCAUUUAGAAGCAAAGGCUGGCCGUUAAAUGUCUGGUGUUCCCUGGUCAAUACUUUAACAACACAACUGACAACAGCAACAACACAUUUUUGUAGUACUUUUAACAACAAGACAAAGCAAAACAACACGAGAAAGCUGAGCAAUUGUAUUUGAGAUGUGACAACUUUUUGGAAUUUGUGGAAAGUUUUUAAGCACAAACCACAAAAGUCACUAAGCGACUUUAUAUGAACUUGAUACGCCAGCAGAGCAAAAACAAACAACACUUUUCUAACAAAAUAUUUCUACCACGAAAACUGAGACAGUAAACCCCGUAUAUGUCAGAACAAAAUAAGCAGCUCCAUAAUAUUUAGCCUAGCAAAAAAGUUUCAAAUUCAUAGAUACAUACUAUAUAUUAAAUAUAUAGAUCAAAUCAUAAGCACAAAAUAAUAAUGUUAAAUGCCAAAACAUGUGAAGUAAUAUAAAAAGGAAAAGCAAUCGAAUUUCUUUUAACAUUUGUUUCACCCAUAAGACUUUCGAAUAGAUUACAAAUUUGGUUUUUCUGCUGCCAUUUUUGUAUGCUAACACAAUGCCAAAAGAUAUAUGAAUUCAUAAGAUAAAAGCAUUCCACAAGAAUGAGAAUGAUUGACAGAUUUUUGUUCUGGCGAAAACGCAUUGCCAUCCAAAGACCCAGCCCAAAAUAUACUUUCAAACCACUUCUUGACCUUGUGCGAAAUGUUGAGCUAAAUCGAAUAGAGCUUCGCGAAAUUAAAUGCCAAAUAUUUUAUGUAUUUACAAAAUUGUAAUUUUAUUUAUUUAUGACUUAUUUAUUUGGACAUAAGCCGUCAAGGAGCAAAAACAAAUAUUAGGAAACGAUAAGUAAAUGUUGGCCAUUCUGUUAACAAACAGCAUUUUGUACAUUUUUAACUCACACCAUCCUUAAACAGUGAAUUGGGUAAUAUAAGCUUAGGGCUAUUAAAAAGCUGUACAAAUCUGUUUAUCCUUGAAGUAGAAAUUUUAAUAACUACAAGGAUAUAAAAAAUUGGUUUGAGUUUGUGUUGACCAUGCUGUUAAUUCACAACCCUUACAAUCCCACUCACUCGAAUCGAAUUUUUGUCGAAUCCAACUUACCUGCGUCGUUAUAUACUUUAAUUUAGGCAUCAUUGUGCAACUAUUUAUAUGUGAAAUCGUCAAGUAGCACAAAAUGUUAAAUGAAGUACACUCGAAAGAACAAAAAUCUCUAUAUAUUUACAUUGUAUUUUUACCAUACACCAUAAACUAUUUAAAGGAAAUAUAUUUUUUGUAACAUUUUCAUUUUAUUGUUGUUAUAUGUGAAUUUUGUUGUUAGUUAAGCGUAGCCUGAACGUCACACUUUGUACCCCUUCACAACGUUUAAAUAAAUUAAAUCUACAAAAUCCAAUCCAGGACAAAAUUAUAUUAAAUUUACAUCAAAAGGAAACAAAAAACAAUACAAAUAAAUAUAUAUUGUAUUUAAAUUUACAUACAAAAGUAAAUUAUUUAUUUUAACAUUUCUUAGUUAGUAGUUACGUGAGGAAUUUCUUGGAGUUAAAUCAAAUAAAAAUAAUAAAGCUUAAGACUAAGAGAUUACCUAUAAAACCCACGUUCAUCUGUUGGACUUGUAGAGCAACAUUGGAAUAUUUAGGAAAUUAAGUCUUCAAAUUAAAAAGUUCUUUAAAAUUAAGCAGAAUUGAACGUAGCAAAAUAUUUAGAGCACAAAACUUCAUCAAGCAUCAAAAAUCAAAACCAAAAUAAAUAAAGAAAUCUACCCUUUAAACAAAAACACAAUCAACUUAGCAUCUUCUUAGCAUACAAAAGCUACAUAGUUUGUAUGAAAGGAAAUGCACAUUUAGCAGGGCAUCUAAUAUAAAUUGAAAAGUUAAGCAAUAUAAACGAUGCUCAAGAUCUGUAUUUAACAACAUAAUACCAACACAGAGUUAAAGAUAAUACUGAAUCAUUAUGGAUAAACUAUAAAAAGUGUCAUUCAAACUGAUAUUUCAAAUAAAUAAACAUACAACAAAACAA